AAAGAAGAAAUUUGAACGGACAAAUGGCGGAAAUUUCAGAAGUGCUGAAGCGCUGUGAUCCGGCCCUCCUGGAUCUGAGUCCAGACUCUGAGCAACCAGACUGUGAAGCAGCUCAGAUGGUCCUCUAUCUGACGGAGAGCCGUCGUGUGCAGAAGGUUCUGUGGCGUCAGCUCUUUGUUCUGGACUCAAUGAUGUCUCUACUGGAAGGUGUUGAAUCUGCCCAGGAACUGAUGACAGAACCCUGCCCACAUCCACCUGAGGGCGGAGCUCAUGGCCGUUGGAAGGCUUUGAAGAUGGCGAGCAAGGCGGCCGUGGACACGACAGAGGAUCUGCUGAGAACUCUGCAGGAUCGACUGAGUCAGAUCCUCAACAGACGACAGACACUGAAGCAGCUCGUCCAGCGGCUGCACGCACAGAAGGAGCAGCACGAACAGGUGAAGGAGUCUUUGCAGAAAGCCCAGAAUGCAUUGCACAUUUGUGAGCGUCAAAUGACUUGGGAUAAACUGAAGUUGGAGUCGGUGCUGCGCCGUCUAGUCAGCUGGCAACAUCUCAGAUAUGAGCUCCUUGAGUACAUUUCUGCUGUCCAGGAUGUCAUGCAGAUCAACUUGCUCUCCUUCAAUCAGUCGGAGUUGUGUAUGGAGCUGAGGCCCCGCCCCUCCUCCAGUGAGAACCUGUCCUCCAAUGAGCUGGAGCAUCUGAAGCUUUCAGUCACCUGGAGUGAUGACGAGCACUUCAAGCUGCAGGUCCACAUGGGCAUGGCAGGUCUUGCUGACGACUAUAUGUCAGGCCCGUGGUCUGAGGUGAGCGCUGCUCUGCUGGAGGUGAUGCAGUGCUACACAGGCCAGGCGGAGCUGCUUUGGGAAAUCCAGUCUCUGCGCUCCAGUUUUGCUAUAGACUGGCGCCCCGCUCAGCGGCUGCUGGUCUACCUGAAGUCUGCGUCGCUGGUGUGUAACCUGAAGGUGGAGGACGGUUACCCGAGCAGAGGACGGGCACGCCUGCAGUCUGUGUGCAGAGAUGGACACUCACUGGAAAUGUGUGACCUGCAGCCUCCUCAGCCUGACCUCACUCUGACUGAAUGGGUGGUGUUCCUCUGCAGCAGUCCCAUCCUCUGACAUGCCCAGUUUUAUUUGUUUGUAAAAUGAUUUUCCUUUUGUCACUUUUCUUGUUUAUCAUCUUAAAUGAAUGUAUCUCAGAGGAGUGUCAGCACAAUUGGGUUCCCUCCAAGGACCGCCUACUUUAUCAAACACAAUAUUGAUUAUUCCAAUUAUCCUUCAGAUGACUUUUUCAUAUCUCAUGCCAACUAAUCGGCAACAAAAAAGCAAAUGUUUGUGUAUAAAUUAAUAAAACCUUUGUACUGAGAAACCUCAUAGUUUAAGCCACUUUGUUAACAUUGGUGGCUCCAUGCCCCCCACCCCCCAGAUUCCUUUGUCAGUCUUUUCUGAUGUGAAACUACCCAAUGGGCACUCUCAAAUUACUAGGGCCCCUCCCAUUCUUAGUUCGACUGCCGUCUUCUCAUUGGUGUUGCAGCAAUAAUUGUGGAUCAUAAGCACAUUUCAAUAUUUUG